UGUUUCAACAUGGCGGCGGCAGCGGCAACAAGAAGUGGGAAGUCGGGGAUAUUUUGGAUGAAUGGCGUGUCAGAUGAUGAGCAGCCUUUGGUGUUUGUUCCUGGAGUGGAAGGAGUGGGGAAGACUCAGACCCCUUUCAGUUUGGGAUCAGGCAGUACCGGUAGCAAAAGAGGUACCAAGAUGGGAGCCAGGCGUAGCUAUGACUGCAAUAAUGAGACCUCACUAAAGAAAUGUGGCAAGAAACAGGGCCACUUACAAAGUGAGCAGUCUGGGAUUUUCACCAAGGAAAAAGUGUCAGUCCAUCACAGUGCGACUGCAGUUUCAGAGCAUGCUCUUUCUCCAGCCUUGGGUACUUUUCUCCCCUCAGCACAGGUAAUCUCUGAAGCCAGCAGAGCUAAGAGCCAGGUCUGUUUGAAGGACCUCUGUCCUGAAGAUAAGCGCCGGAUUGCAAACCUUAUUGAAGAACUAGCCAGAGUGAGUGAGGAGAAAGAAGAGUCAGUGCAGCGUCUGAAAGAUGAACAGGAACAUUUUGAGGGCAAGAUCCAGACGCUGGAGCAACAGAACCUGAUCAUUGUACAGGAGAGGGAGAGUCUGCAACAGCAGUACAGAGAGUGCCAGGAGCUGCUUGGACUAUACCAACAAUACCUUUCUCAGCAACAGGCCAAACUUAACCAGUCUAUUGCCCAGCUCAGCCAAGCACCAGCCCAUAGCAGGGUGCUCAGCAGUGAGGAAGCCCCCAGCAGAACAUCUACUAGCAGAGCUAAUGGCUCACUCUUUGAUGGCUCAUACCUCAGCGUUGCUGCUACACGAGCACAACAGCCUCAAGUGCACAGGAGUGGUGGUGGAGGAAGAGGAGCAGUACAAACCCUCAGCAACCAUCAACCAGACUCUCUUUCCUGUGAGAGUGAGUUCAGUCCAACUAAUGGGCCAAUCAAACAGCAUAGGAUUCAGAAAAGGGAGUGCAGGGAGUCCCACCACAGAUGUAAGCACUGCCUAGGCAGUGUUCAAGGCGGUGGCUCAGGUCUAGAGAAUGGCCACCAUGACACCUUUAACCAGCAUGAUUGUGAAAGGCUCCACAGUGGGAGUGCCACUGGCUCAGAAGCCAAUGAAGCCCUGACCAGGCCUCUGCUGGGUCACGAGGACUGGGAGGAGAAAAGGCACCAUCUGCUGCUGCAGAAGAUGCAGUUGGAGAUGGAGAGAGAGAAGCUGCAAGCACGGCUGGCUGAGCAGGAGGAGAGGCUCAACAGACAGAAUCAGGAGCUACGUCAGUCGCGUCUCGAUUACAGCAGGUUUCAACAAGCUGCUCAAUAUGAUCACAGCAGCUCAAACACUAGAAAUGGAGACCCAAAGCCGGCGAGUCCCUCCCACCAAGAUUUACCCCCGAGUGUGUGUGAAGAUGCAGAGGUACAUCCUGCAGGACAGAGUUUGCAUGGAAAACAGCCACAAACGGUACCUGCUCCUCUGGAGAAUGGCGAUGAGGCCUUAGAGCGGUCCAGAAAGCACAUGGCCACAUCUCCUGCUAAGUCCUCUGCCAGCCUGAGUAAGCCCACCUCAGUAUCUGUGAUCCAAAAGACCCCUGAGGCCAGGUUGGACUUUUCUCUGGUUGAGUUAUUGGAUGUCUUUAGUCCUAUCUCUGCCGCUGAGCUAAGCAAGACGUCAUCUCGAAGACCCAAAACGUCACAACGUAGGCUCAUUGCCCCCAAACCAGUGGUCAGAACCCUGCUUACCCCUGCUGGGUCUUAUCCUCAGAGUACCCAGCAUGACCUGGAAGAAAGCCAAAUACUGGAGGAUAUCUUCUUCAUUUGCUGACACAGAAGAAAAUGGGUCCAGUUACUUCAUUUUCACGUGUUUGGUUUUGAUUUUUUUUAAAUACAUUUAUUUUUCAGUUAACAAUAAUUAUGUUUUGGAUUGUAC